AUUGUUUACAUUUUCAAAUCGCGUUUGCGCGCGCAGGGAUCGGUACCGGAAAUAGCAACCGUUGCUACGGACGACGACCACCUUGUUUUAGCCGAUGACCCAUGUUUUAGGUUUCUUUUAGUGCUGCGGGGACUAAUGGCAGACAAUGCGGUAGAACAGGAUCGCGGCGAGUCCAUUUCGAUGCAUGAUUUCUUGGAGUUUCUUAAAAUUACGUGUCAGGUUAAUGAUUCUUUCAACAGCAGCAAGAAGAAUCCCCCGCCCUUCGAUUACAACCAGCUGGCACGGAAUGAACUGGUCAACAGUGUCCACAUCCGGCCAAGGGGUGCCACUGAGGGAACUUCCCCGGCACGACAGGUCACCGUUAAGAGGGAAGAUGGCACUGGGCAACGGAAGGCCUACAAAAAGAAGUCUGUCUCGCAUGGCAAAUCCCAGAAAAUUAAACCAACGGAAGUUCCGGAUUUGACCCCUAAGAAGGGACUGGACGAUUUGUUGAACGAGAAGCUGGACGAAGUGUUGAACGAGGGCAUUCUGGAUUCGGUGCUUCCGUUCAUAUGUCCGAACAAUGUGGCCACUUCGACUUCGGGGCCUUCGUCUUACAGUAAAGGCGCAAAUCCGAAACCCUCGGCGCAUCCGGUGGUGCAGAUUACUUCGGGUCGUGGCGUAACCACUUGUGAGGCAGCAUCCUCACCUGCGGACCUUCACGGGAAGAAGGUCGGGAUUUCCGCGGUGGGGGACGUUUCGCAGAACUUCCUGAUCGCGAGCAGUGCCAGUAAAGUCAACGCUCGGCGGAAAUCAUCUGUCUCGCAGAUUACCAUACCGGACAGCAGAGCGGAACCGGAAGUUAUAAUCCAUGUGUGCGAUGAAGUCAAAGGAACGUCCAGAGAUUUUUCCUGCCCUCAGAAGUUACUGAUAACGAAAAUGGGUUACUUCGCGGAUGUAACAGCUGGUCAACGACUGGAAGAUAUGGACAUUUCGGUUCAUUGCGACCUACAGAUAUUUGAAUGGCUAAUGAAGUGGGUUAAGAAAGAUUCCAUGUCUCAAGACGACUGGCCUGCACUUGAUCCGUCCAAUGUAGUUCCUAUACUCGUAUCCGCCAGCUUCCUUCAAAUGGAACCUCUUCUCCUGGAUUGCCUCUCAUUUUGUCACGCUAGAUUGAACGAGGUUGUGAAGGCUUCGGCGAACUUGGCCUGUUUGAACGACAGUAUCAUCACACGAUUAGCAGCCAUGUUCACCAAUCUGGAACUAGAAAUGGUUAAAGACAAAAAGGAUCGCAUUGCACCUCGAUUGUGGACGAAACUCAUCCAGAGCCUCUGUGAGAUCGAACCGCAAGCUUUACGGGGUCAUUAUGCAACGCUGGUCGGUAUGUUCCGCUGUUUGAGGUGCGGCAAAUUUCUUACGCAAACCGUCAGUACAUUCAUACAUUGUGUUCCGCAAAACAUACGCCUCAACCGAUGGGGCCAACUAAUCAGUUCGCACAUGAAGGAUCCCUCCUGGAACAUCACCAGCUAUGUAGCUAGUUUGCACAAGGAACUGCGAUCGUGGCGAAAGGUGUACUGGCGCCUUUGGGGACAUUGCCACUUUUUAUACUGUGCCAUCUGCGAUACCCAUUUUGCGGUGUACCAAAUGCUGUGGUGCCAAUAUCAUCCGGAGCAACCGCAGUUCUUGGGACCGGCCGCUGAAGGAAGGGUAGCCGGGCCAGCUGGACGGUAUCCGUGCUGCGGCAAGCAAGCCUAUCGCUACGAAACACUACCCAGUCCGACGGGCUGCCAGUUCCGUGAACAUACAGUCCAAGCGGAUACGGACCGCGACCGUGCAAUCCUGCAGCUUGCCAUGCAGGCCUCGGAAGGAGGAUGUCUCUACGAAACUGCCCCAUUCAAGCCUCCAAACUCGGUCAACGAUCCGUGGUGGAGCGGGAUCGGAAUACUACCCCAUCGUUCCCGGCAAGGUUUGCUGCCAACGUUCAAUGUCGAUAGCGAGGCUCCCAGUCGUGGCAAUCGGAAGUUUAUAACCCGCCAAAUUUCCCAAUCGGUAGCUGAGUCGGAUACCGAAACAGAUUCGGAAGAUGCAGACAAAUCCGGGACCAUUUUAAGCCAUAGUUCUAGCAGCAGCAGCGAUGGCGGUGAAUCAGAGUACAGUAGUCCACGUUCGUUUCGUCCAAAGAAUGGGAAACAAAAGCCCAAGAUCUCCUACGGUCGUCACUGGGCUGGGGAUAUGUCCGCACGCAGCAAUCAGGACAACCAACGUGAGUUCGAGGAACGUGCUAUGAAACAGAUUAUAGCAAUGGUGGGUAAGAAGACAGGUGGCGAACAAAAUCACCAGUUCGUUACGUAUCAGCAAGGCGGAGCUUACAUCAAACUUGAGUCCGACUGGCGAGAGUCCAUGAAGCAGAAGAAUUUGGCUAGUAUCAAAUCAAAACCAAGUGGGGUCAAAUGAUGACUGUUUAUCGAUUUACGAGAGCGAUCGCAAGAGAAAACGUUCUAGAGAUUUUGUUUGUAUGGCUAUUCUAUUUGUUAAUAAUGUUUGAGUUUGUCUAACGAAAAGCUCAAUGCAAAAUUGAAA